AUGUCGCGGGUCUCGGUGCGCCACGGCUCAGGCGCCGCGCCCGCCGACGACGAGACGUGCCCGGUGUGCAAGACGACACGCUACUUCAACCCGGACAUGGAGUUUCGUGUCAACACGGAAUGCUACCACCUCAUGUGCAAGACGUGCAUGGAACGCAUCUUCAAGGACGGACCUAAUCAGUGCCCCUAUGCCGAAUGCAACAAGACGCUGCGCCUGCGUGGGUUCAAAAAAGCCUUCUUCGGCGACCUCAAGGUCGAGCGCGAGGUGGACAUUCGCCGGCGCGUCGCCCAGGUCUUCAACAAGGUCGAGGAUGACUUUGAGUCGCUCGACGCCUACAACGACUACCUCUACAUGGUCGAGUGCCUGACCGACGACCUCGUCAACGGGAAACCUGACGCCCGCGCCCGCGCCGAGGCCCAGCUCGCCGAGUGGGAGGCCCAGCACCGCGCGGACAUUGAGCGCAACAGGCGCCUCGCGCGCGAGUCGGACGAGGCCCGCCAGAAGCGGCUCGCCGCCGAGCAGGACGCCGCGCGCCAGCGCCGUCUGCAGGAGCUGCGGGACGACGCCGACGAGCGGGCCAGCGCGGCGCGCUUCCGCGAGGAGAUGCUCGACUCGCUCGCCAACGCCGAGGUCGGGCACGCGGGCGAGGCGGUCGACCGCGUGCUGCUCAAGAAGCGCGGCCAGCAGCGCUCCCAGGCCGCUCUUCAGGCCGCCGCCGCCGCCGCCGGUGCGGGUGCCGGUCUGUCAAUCCGCGGGCUGCGCGACAAGACGCGUCCCGCCGCCGACGACGGCAAGCCGUAUGACCCCUUUGGCGGGCUCGACCUGGCGCCAUCAAGAGUCGACCUGUCCGAGGACCGCCUGGGUGGCUACCACAGCGAGUGGGUCGACGUGAUCCGCUCCAAGGACGAGUACCGCGUGGGCGGGUACAGCGCCGACGAGUACAUCUCACGGGCGCUGUUCGAGGCCUUUUCGGGCCUGGGCGUGUUCGUGGCGGAGGACAAGGUGGACCGCGACAUCUCGACGGCGGGUGCGCGCGAGGCGGCCAUGGUGGACGUCUGA